AUGAAUGUGCGUUCGGUGUGGGCUCGGGGUUAUGCCGGGCAGGGUGUCGUGGUGACUAUUCUAGAUGACGGCCUGGAAACCGACCAUCCUGAUCUCAAACCCAACUACGUAAGUCCACUGCUUCUCUCGCUCUCUUUUUUUCACCAUUUCUAUAUUAUUUUUGAAGGCAAAUGA